AGUUGAACGUGAGACGCGAACGUUGUCGGAGCACCCACGCGGAAAAUUCACUUGCGAUACGAAAAAGUGUGUGUCAAGCUCUCGCAUUUGUAUGUGUGUGCGUGUAUGUUUCUUUGAGUGUGUGAGCGUGUGUGUGUAUAAGAAUAAUAAUACUGACCGCCUUGUUUCUGCUGUUUCUGUUUCUGCAGUCAUUACUAAUUGGUACGUUACGUGGCUGCAACGUUGCUUUCUUUAAUUAGCCAAAUGUUUACGGAGCAGGCUCUCCAACUCAUAUAAAUAAAAAAUAUGAUUACACUCACUCACACACGUACAUAGAUAAGUAACAGCAGAACUUUAGUUUUAAAUUGGCAAUAACUCAAAACAGUUGAACACAACAGAAAAUAAAUAAAAAAGAAAAAAAAAUAAAUUGUAUGUGCAAAAAAAGGGAAACUUAAACAACAAAAUCAAUAAUUGGCCGUGCGUGCUUGCUUGUGUGUGUGUGUGUGUGUAAGUUUCUGUGUGUGUGUGUCAAUUGGAGCAAAUGCCAUGCUGAUAAAGCAAUAAGCAAAAGCUAAAGAAGGAGAACAAAAAACAGAGAAAAGCAAAUCAACAACAACAACGACAAGUGUAACUUGAAGAAGAAGACGACAUAAUGCAACAGCAGCAACAGCAACAACAACAGUCUGGAGUAGCUACCCCAAGCACGCCCCUCAACUCGCCAGCUGCUUCCCUUGGAGCUGCAACCGCAACGGGAACUGCAACGGGAUCGGGAACGGGAAUCAGCAGCAGCAGCACACCCAUUCGCAUAGGCAGCGCAAAGCAGCACGCAGGCGGUGGAGAUUCUCUAGUGCCGCCUCCGCUGGGCAACAUUGCCGCCUCCAGCACAUCCUCCUCGCAUUCCGUACCCGGCACACCGCAGCAGCCGCCGCAAUCGAGCAGCGUCCCAACUGCCACUGGCAGUCAUCUCCAGCUGCAGACGCUGCAGACGGGCGCACAUUCCAUGGCCGCUUCCAAUCAAUCGCUCGGCGGCGCCGGCAGCAGCAUCAGUGGCAUUAACAUAACGCCACCAAAUAGCGCCGGCCUCAGGCAGUCCUCAGGAAUCGCCAAUUGGGCCUCAGAUAAUCGCGAUGGCAAUCUGGCAGAUAAGUCUGCGGCAGAUGCAGCAAAGUUGAAUCGCAAGGAGUCUUAUAAGGCGCAACGGAAGAAUUAUAGACGGGAGAAGAAGCGUGUGGCAAGCGAGCUAAUGAAUUCUCUGCAGGAUCCGGCGGUCAUAGUGUUGGCCGAUUGGCUAAAGGUGCGCGGCACUCUCAAGUCGUGGACGAAGCUGUGGUGCGUGUUGAAGCCUGGCUUGUUGCUCAUCUACAAGAGCCAAAAGACAAAGAGCAGCCACUGGGUGGGCACAGUGAUGUUGACCUCGUGUCAGGUGAUUGAGCGUCCCAGCAAGAAGGAUGGCUUCUGUUUCAAACUCUUUCAUCCUCUCGAGCAAUCAAUUUGGGCACCACGUGGCCCCGACAAGGAGACCAUAGGCGCUGUGGUGCAACCGCUGCCCACCGCUUACCUGAUCUUUCGGGCACCCAGUCAGGCGGCUGGCAAGUGCUGGAUGGACGCACUGGAGCUGUCAUUGCGCUGCUCGGCGCUAUUGUUGCGCACGAACAGCAGCACAACACCCUCGAGUGCCUACGCCGGCGAACCGCUGCCCGUUUCCCAUGAGACGCAGUGGUCGGAGGCGGACUACGAGAAGCAUUUCAAUGAUCACGAUCUGGACGCAGACAGUCAAACUGAGGCGCCCAAUGCGGCAAUGUCGGGUCUGGAGUCCGAUUCGGAGUCGGAGCCGGCACAGGACGAUGAUGUUUGCGAGCCAUUGCCAUGCGAGGAGACAACCUAUGUACCAUUUGAAGAGGAAGAGUUUGGAGCGCAAGGCGAGCAGGUGGAGGAACUGGCGGAGGAGAACAAGAGUCUCAUCUGGUGCAUUGUGAAACAGGUGCGUCCUGGCAUGGAUUUAAGCAAAGUGGUGCUGCCCACAUUUAUACUGGAGCCGCGUUCAUUUCUGGACAAGCUGUCGGAUUCAUAUUAUCAUGCGGAUUUGCUGUCCAAAGCGGUGCACAAUGAUGAUGCUUUCACGCGCAUGAAAUUAAUUGUCCAAUGGUACCUGUCUGGAUUUUAUAAGAAACCCAAAGGCCUCAAGAAACCCUAUAAUCCAAUAUUGGGUGAAACAUUUCGUUGUUAUUGGGAGCAUCCAAAUGGCAGUCGGACAUUUUAUAUUGCCGAACAGGUUUCACAUCAUCCGCCAGUUUCGGCAUUCUAUGUGACAAAUCGUGAGGAUGGCUUCAGCAUUACCUGCUCCAUCUUGGCGAAAUCGAAGUUCUACGGCAAUAGCACAUCGGCCGUACUCGAGGGCACGGCAACGAUGACGCUACUGCCUCGCGGCGAAAUUUAUACGGCGAGCACGCCCUACGCCCACUGCAAGGGCAUACUCAUGGGCACGUUGUCCAUGGAGCUCGGCGGCAAGAUAAACAUCGAGUGCGAGAACACCGGUUACAAGACGGAGCUCGAAUUCAAGCUGAAGCCAUUCCUCGGUGGCUCCGAUGCCACCAAUGUGGUUGUUGGCAAAAUCAAGCUGGGCAAGGAGACGCUGGCCACCAUCCAGGGACACUGGGACAAAGAGCUGCGCAUCAAGGAUCUGCGUACCGGCGACGAAACGUUGUUCUUCAAAGCGGAUGCGGAUAUGCGGGCCAAGCGAUUGACACGUUAUUUGGUGCCCAUGGAGAAGCAGUUGCCAACGGAAUCAGCACGCCUCUGGCAUCUGGUAUCGGAGGCCAUUGCACGCGAGGAUCAGGUGGCGGCCACCGAUGAGAAAACCGUGCUCGAAGAGGCACAACGUGCCGCCGCCAAGGAUCGUGCUGAGAAUGAUAAACAACAUGUGCCGACACUCUUUGAACUAGACAGUUAUGGCCAAUGGAUAUACAAGCAUGCAGAUCUAAGGCCUUGGGAUGCACACAACGAUGUACGUCAAUAUGAAUGCGAUUACAAGGUGCUCACACAGACGCGUCUCAAAUCGGUGUCGGGUCCCGAUGAUGAGCCCGUAAUACGGCCACGUAAACCCAUGAUACUGUCCGGCACCGGAGGCGUCUCAAAGGCAGCCAAGGCCAAAAACAAGACACUUGUGCUAGCCCCACGCGACACCAACUCGGAUUCCAGCCAGUCCCCCCAAGGCGCUGUCAAACGUGGCUCCAACACCAGCUCAGUAAAAAAUCUCACGUUGGCAUUAGAGCAGGUGAAUGAAUCGCUGGAGAACCAUACGAGGCAAUUAAACGACAUCGCACGUCGUUUGGAGCGGAUGCAGUAUCAACCGAUGUCCAGAUCGAUGAACAGCAUGUAUUCACAUGAAAUGGUCGGAGGAGGAAUCUCCCAAUCGAUUGUCAUCAAGUCGUUGAUUUAUGCAUUAAUUGGUCUAACAUUUAGUCUGAUUUUGCGCUGGCUGUUCAAAUAGCUUUUUGGUUUAUCUGUAUAAACUUAAGUAAACUUUUUUGAGCUAUAUAUAGUUAACAUAUAUAAACUUAUUUAUACACCCUAAUUGAUAUACUAGCUAUAUCAUGAUGCCUAUAAUGUAUUUGUAUAUUCUGUCCCAAACAAAAAACAAAAUAUGCCUUGGCAAUUUGCCAAUGAUGCGCAGUCAGAGUCAAUCAUGAAUUAUGCUUAAGUUAAAUGGUAUAAAGUCCAAUAUAGUUCACGUCAAUGUCCAGUUGUUAGUGCUCCCAACAAGUGUUUAAAUGAAGUGUCCCCUCUAUCGCAUUCAGGUAUGUUUAGGCUUAGGCGUUUUAUAAUGAUUACACAGUAUAUUCUAUCUUAAUUAAUAAUUGCACCAAACAACAAUUCGUAAUAAUUCCAAGUCACUGACAUUAAACUGUAACCAAUUCCUAAAUAAUUUAAAGAGCUUCUUGUAGGAACAGUUGCUCGAGAGGCUUUCAGCUCGUUAAGAGCGAAUACACUCAUAAUACACAUCUAGAAAUUUAAUGUUUAAAUGCUUAUUAUAAUAAAGUUUAGUCAACAAAAAAAAAAAAAAAAAGAAACACUUGUCAUAAAGCAAACACCAAAUUGUACAAUCUGUAAAACUCGUAAUUGAAAUAAAAAUUCAACACA